UUGCAGUUUGUCCUCAAUUUGUUCUGAAAGGGAGAAAAAGGAUCGUCUCGUCCGAAGCCAAGGUGAACCUUUCUGGCGAGUCAGCAGGGAGCAGCCUGGCGUUUGCUAUUCCACGCCACCCCUUUCCACAGGGAGAGCUAAGUUCGUGUAAACAGGGGUGGCGUGACUCUGGCUUGGUGCAGUCGGCAGAAGUCGGCUGGCCGCGCGCGGAGGAAGGCGCUCCAGUGGGCCCCUUGGCAGUGCAGCUCUGCCAUUUGCUGAAGGAGGCGAGGAACAGCCCGGGCUCUGAGCAGGGCGGUUAGUGUGCUCAUUGACGAGUGAAAGGCGCCACACAUGCCAAGCUAAAGGCAGUCGUUGGGUCCCUAACAGGACACAACGUCUUGCAAACAUAUGCGCGAAGCUGUGUCUACAGAUGGCAGGGAGAAUAAUGGAGCAGGCGCCUUUUAUAAAGCUCUAGCUGCUGCCUGUCUUCAGACCUGGGAAAUGAAACUCUUCAGACUCAGGGCCAGCUAGCGCCUGGGCUUGUUUGUCACCGCUUUAAUCCUAUUAAUUAAAGCGUUAACCUGAUUGGGUAGAGAGCUCUGUCCCAACAGGCGAGUCUUCCUCAUAAUAACCUACUCGCCGAGCUAAUGAUGUAAAAGACUCCCCCGGCUGCUGGGGCCGGAAAUCUCUUGAAGGUGAAGCCAAGCAAGAUAAACGGCGGACGAGGGGGCUGCUCGCAGCUCACAAUGCCCGAGCGCAUCCCCUGGUGAGAGCUCGCGGCCAGCGGAGAAGGCGGCGCGGAGGAGCCGGCGCAGGGCGGGCAGCAUGGAGCGGGCGCUGAGCCUGGCCGCGGAGGAGGACUUGUUCCACAAGACUCUCGGCGCCUCGGCCACGAGGAUGGAGGCCGCCUUCCGCGCGCCCCCGGGGCUCGACCUGAGCCACCCGCGCGAGCGCCAGCCCUCGCCCCUCAGCUGCUUCGAGCCCGGCGAGGCGGAGGGGCUGCUGCAGCCCGGGGCGGCGCUGGGGGCCGGCGACCCCCUCUCGCUGCCGGCCGGCUCGGUGUGCGGCAAGUACGGCGAGAGCACCAGCCGCAGCUCGGUGGCGGAGAGCAGCGGCGGCGAGCAGAGCCCCGACGACGACAGCGACGGGCGCUGCGAGCUGGUGCUGCGCGGGGGAGACCCGCGGGCCGCCUCGCCCGGGGCGGGGGGCGCCGGGGGGGGCCUGAAGGCGGCCGAGGGCGGCUGCUCCAACAGCCACGGCCUGGGCGGGAGCAAGAAGUCGAAGGAGCAGAAGGCGCUGCGGCUCAACAUCAACGCCCGCGAGCGGCGGCGGAUGCACGACCUGAACGACGCGCUGGACGAGCUGCGGGCGGUGAUCCCCUACGCGCACAGCCCCUCGGUGCGGAAGCUCUCCAAGAUCGCCACGCUGCUGCUGGCCAAGAACUACAUCCUCAUGCAGGCGCAGGCUCUGGAGGAGAUGCGGCGCCUGGUGGCUUAUCUCAACCAGGGCCAGGCCAUCUCGGCCGCCUCCCUGCCCAGCUCGGCGGCGGCGGCGGCGGCCGCGGCCGCCGCCUUGCACCCAGCCCUCGGUGCCUACGAGCAGGCGGCCGGCUACCCCUUCAGCGCCGGCCUGCCCCCUGCCAGCUCCUGCCCGGAGAAAUGUGCCAUUUUCAACAGCGUCUCCUCCAGCCUCUGCAAACAGUGCACGGAGAAGCCUUAAAGCCCCCGCCAGGCGCUUCCACCCGGGCAGGGCAAGGAGCUGGCAGGGGUGGGUGCGGGGCGGGGGGGCGACUCUGGGCAAGGACUUGGGCUAAAUCCUCCGUUUCUCGUG